AAGGCGACCCCACCUGCGCGUAAAAUAACAUCUCCUCCUCUGAUGACUUUCACGGGGAACAUAUACAAUACAGGCUGUGCGGCCGUUUCAUGGAACAGAAAAUAUGCGCUCUUUUCUUCUCUAAACGAACUAAAAUCUCGGUAGGCUGACACACUUCUGACGGUCCCUCCGCGUUUUCACCCAGCAGCACGGCUGCAUCACGAGCAACGGCAGCAAAUCAGGCGCAGGUUUUUUGGAUGUUGCCUGAUAGUAAAAGCUCCCACCUCCCUCCCUUUCUUCACUAUCGUAGUAAAACAGGCUCCGUGCUGUUCGUCGCCAUGCAGACGCGCGCAGUGGCACAUCUCCAAUACGCAGUGAGCAUCUCCUGUCCGGGCUUUUAGCUCCGCUGUCGGUCGGUGCCUCACACAGAAAAAAAAAACGCUGCGGAUAUUCAGACAUCUAAAACCCAGAAAUAUCUUCGUGGUUUCCGUUUAUUCCCCGAGUAAGAUCAGGCUUUUCUUUCUUUCUUUCUUUGCACGCGUCUUAUCCAGGCUUCAUCUCUCGCUUUCGAGUUGGAGAGCCUGCAGGGGCGAGCAGGACAGCAUGACAAUGGUGCAAAGCUGGUUGACAGCAGGAUGGUGCGUUUUCGUUCUGUCUGUGCGUUUUGGGUUUUGAGGAAUGGGCUCCUUACCGAAUCAGCCGCAGAGAACUCCGGCGUUUUAUUUGACACAUUUCGCCUUGAAAACCUCCCUACUUUCCGUGUGUGUUAUGGUAAACAUCUGGUGCCUCUACCAGCGCUCUCUUUUCUCACCUUUCUCCUCCCAUCCGCCGCAGCGCAUCUCUAAUUGGAGCGACUCCCAGCAUCUUAAUUGAUGGAAAUCAUCUACGUCGGACACUGACUUCGAGUUGCAUCGUUUUACCAGCGCAGUGCGGGCUGAGACGCAGCGACUCUUCCGUUUGUGGAUGUCAUUGUCCUUUAUCGGUACUGCUGUAGCUGUUCGUCGUACCCUUCAGUGACAAUGCCGCUGAACGCGCUGCCCCGCGGCGGCGGCGGCGGGAGCAGCAGCAGCGGCGGCGGCGGCCCGGGGUCCCUGAGCCCGGCGUCGCUCUCCCGCAGCUUGUCCCGACUUAGGGAGUACCGGACUCGAACGAGGAUCAUGCUGGCUCUGGGAGUCUCUCAGAUGGUCCUGGGGAGUCUCAUCCUGGCCGUCAGCUUCGCGGCUCUGGCUCUCACCACAUCACCCAGGGUCCGGCACUCCUGCCCCUUCUGGGCAGGUUUCUCUGUGCUGCUGUCUGGACUGAUUGGAGUGGUGUCAUGGAAAAGGCCGCUCUCUCUCGUGAUCACAUUCUUCAUGCUGCUGUCAGCAGUGUGCGUGAUGCUCAACCUGGCAGGCUCCAUCCUCUCCUGCCAGAACGCUCAGCUGGUCAACUCCCUGGAAGACUGUCAGCUGUGUGGAUGUGUGUUCUCCCCUCUUUCCCCCAAGCUCAAGUUUGACAGCGAUGGAGUGUGUGUAUGCUGCGAGCUACAGCAGCAGAGUUCGAGCUGCAACAACCUGGGAGAGACACUGAAACUGAAUCCACUGAGGGACUGCAAUACCAUACGCCUACGUCUCAAGGAGCUGCUGUUCAGUGUAUGUGCUCUUAAUGUCAUCUCCACCAUUGUGUGUGCUCUAGCCACUGCCAUGUGCUGUAUGCAGAUGGUCUCGACUGAAGUGCUGCAGAUGUUUAUGCCACACAGAGCGCGAGCCCUAAAUGCUGACUGUAUGACCCCCCAUGGAACCAUCCUCCACCAAACACUGGACUUUGAUGAGUUCAUUCCUCCCAUCCCCCCACCACCAUACUACCCCCCAGAGUACACCUGCACCCCCUCGAUGGAUGGACAGAGAGGUCUACACCUGGACUUUCCCCAUUCUCCCUUCAGUGCUAUCUAUGGGGUGCCCAUCAACAGCCCAGGGACACUUUACCCAACUGAUCUUCCUCCUCCAUAUGAGUCUGUGGUGGGGCAGACCCCUGCCAGCCAGAUCACGACCAGCAUAGAGCAACAAGCCACUGAAUCCAGCCUGUGUGAGAGAAACACUACUGCAGGACUCAGCACUCAGGCCUCAGUGGACAGUGCGUCACUGAUGGUGUCCGAGGUGGCUGAUCAAGACCAGACUUGCUCUUCAGAGGACUUGUGCUCAUUGGAAGUCCAAGGUUCUGACUCCUCUCCCUACGGCACGCCCCACACUGCCCCCAUUGAUGGAAGCUGCACCAGCCUGGAACUUUGUACACGCCAUCGUGGCUUGCCUAAUGUCGACACACGCCCGAGCGAUACAGGGUACAGUGAGUCCUCACAUACCCAGGAGUCUCUGGAACGCUCUCCCGACUGGUCUUCAGAAAACUACAGCAAUCUGGACCAAGAGGAUUCCACAGACAACACACAUCCAUGUGAAGAACUGAGGGCUGCAAUGCACAUAUGUGAUGAGCUUGCAUCAGCCAAACAUUUACCAGAGGAGCCACCUAAAGCAUCAACACACUCCCUCAUUAAAGCACGAAUGAUGAGCCGGAAGCUCACACUCCCUGUCACUCUCCCCCAGCCACCCCAGCCUUGCUCCCCCACCUCUGUGGCCUCCUCUGGUGGAACUUCAGCCAUCAGCCCUUUGGUUCCCUCUCCUUCCCCUUCCCCACCUAGCAGGCCACGUGGCCCUAGGCUGUGCUUCAGUAUUUGGUCACCCUCCUCUGCAUCACAGCCCACUGCUACCUCAGCCCAAAGUGGCUACUCACCCUCAGAGAGGCCACGGGGUCUGCGAGCAGCCAGGAGGUACCGCAAACUGGCGCGCAUUGUCCGUUCCACCAGUGACCCCAUCUCCUGCUCCUCUACAGGAAGGGAAAAUUUAAGCUGCGCCUCUGCAAAUAACUCUCAAGCUGAAGAUUCAACUAAUACAUCGCCAGAGCAAGAGCCAACAGAUGUUUCAACAGAUGUUGUUGGAGCUAAACCCAGUGACAUAUCAGUCAUGAAGCAGCAAAAGGAAGGAAGGAAAGUUGACAUCCACCUCAAAUCUCAAGGCCUGCAUAGACACUCUUCCCAAGAACGCCCGCACUCCCUGGCUGACCUUAAGAUGUACAAAGACACCAAAAUACUGGUGGCCAAGUUCCUGGAGCAUUCAAGCUGUAGUCUACCUCCUGAAGUCCAGCAGGUUGUUAACAACAUCAAGUGUGUCAUCAAGUCAGAUGAGAAACACAUGGAGGAGGCCAUUUUUAGUGCCAAUGUCAUAGAUCAGAUGAUGACUCAGCGUAUCAUCGGCAGCCCUAGGAAGCGCGGCCAUGAGGAUCUUCAUCUUCAGAGCUGCGGUGCUUUGACCUUGUCCCCUUCCAUGCGCCGUCCAAAACACUUCCCACAAACAACCAGCGCCUCCACCAACCAACUGGACUCCCCCUCCUCUGAACAAAGCCUUGAGUGCAAAGAGACGAUUCUCUGACCACUCUCCCAACAAAGACUUGGAUGAAAACUCUGAGGGCAUUUCAGGCUGUUGGUGUUGCAGCCACGCUGUGCUGUGCAGUGCAGUGCAGCAGUUGUCUGUUGAGUCAUUAAUAUCUCCUCCAGCAUUGAAAGAUGAUUUAUUUUCACAGUGUGACUGCAGCAGAGGCAAACUGAAAUGGUCUGUAUCUCCUAGUGCCCUGUGAGACCGUGCCAAGUCAUCAGCAGAAAUGGUAGCAAACUCAGACUGAGCCUGCCAGUGUCUGUAGUGGCUUCUUUCUCAUCAGAAAAACAAAAGAAUGUUCCUCCCUCAGGGGAUCUUUUCUACAAAGUUUCAUCGCUAAGAAAAAGAAAAAAGGAAGAAAGAAAUACUCAGCUGGUAAGUUUGGAUGUGACUGAAAGACAAAGGAGAUUGUGUUAUCGCUAUUCCUCUUGCCCUCAUAAGAAAACCAAGAAAUAUGUUUGUUUUAAACUGUGAAGUGAACUGAACUGACUGGGCAUUACUAGCCAUUGUUUGCAGACUUUGUGGAACUGUUACUGAUAGGGUGGUGAAUAUUUUGUGGUACCGAUGGUUCAAGAACAUCACAGAUGUGGAUUAUUUAACUUACCUCAUUGUGUUACGAUUCUUAUCAGUGUUAACAAUAAAAUAUGACUUUGUA